CGCACGCUCUUCAAGAUCUUCGACAGCGACGGCCAGGGCUCCAUCGACCUCGACGAGAUCCGCGACCUCCUCUCCAAGUUCGCCCACGCCUGCAACGUCGACGCCGUGCUCGAGCUCCUCGACACGGACGGCUCCGGCGACAUCGGCUUCGAGGAGUUCUUCGCCUUUGGCCUCCAGUCCGAGGCCUCGAGCCACGGCGAGGCGGAGCACGACCUCAUCAACAAGCGCAUCUUCGACCUCAUCGACGAGGACCACAGCGGCUGCAUCUCCAUCGACGAGCUCCACGAGGUCUUCGUGCGCCUCGGCCAGCACGUCAGCAUGGACGACGUCUACAACAUCGUCUCCGACAUCGACGAGGACGGCGACGGCACGCUCGACGCGGAGGAGUUCUCCAUCCUCCUCAACCGC